AUUUUAAUUGUUUGAAAGGUAAAACAUUUUUGACUUCUUUAGUUUUAGAAAAUUUUGAAAUGAAUUCUAAACCAAGAGACGAUUCAUCCAUUCCUCCUGCUACCUUUACAUCUCCAACUAAUAUCGCUUCUUCUUAUCAUCAACCAUCUCUAACUAAUAUCGAUUCUUCCCAUCAACAACCAUCUUCAACUUAUAAUGCUUCUUCUUAUCAACAACCAUCUCCAACUUAUAAUGCUUCUUCCCAUCAACAACU